UCUAAGUUUGAUAUAUACCUUUAUCAUAUACUUGUAUACAUUUUUACAAAGAAGAAACAUAUAUAACGUUACAUUUAUUUUUUCGUGUACCAUUAUUAUUUGUUCGUUUAUUUCUUAGAUAAUUAAAAAAAAAAAAAAAAAAAAACAUGAAGCAAGGUCAGCAUGCAAUGGGAGUUCCAAUUUCAGCUCCACCAAAUCAAUCAUUUGUUGCUGGAGAGUUUUCUAGUGGUCUUUGUGAUUGUUUCUCUGAUUGUUCUCUUUGUUGUUUGACAUGUUGGUGUCCAUGCAUCACCUUUGGACGUAUAGCAGAGAUUGUUGACAAAGGCUCAUCAUCAUGUGGUGUAAGUGGAGCAUUGUACUCACUACUUUUGGCCUUUACUGGUUGUCAAUGGAUAUAUUCAUGCGCAUAUCGUUCAAAGUUGAAGGCUCAACUCGGAAUGCCAGAGAAUAGUUGUGGAGAUUGUUGUACUCACUUUUGGUGUGAAGCUUGUGCCUUGUGCCAAGAGUACCGUGAGCUUCAACAUCGUGGCUACGAUCUUGCCCUCGGUUGGCAAGGUAAUGUGGAGAGGCAAAACCAGGGGAUGGUCCCUCCAUCAAUGGCAGGUGGCAUGACUAGAUAAGCUGGUUGAGAUUUGAUGAGCAUCCAAUCAUCCAUUGAAUAAUAAUUCAAAAUUAAAGAAUAAAAUAUUGUGUUGUAUACUUGUAUUGUACUAUUGUACUCGUAGACAUGAAUAAAUUCUUAAGUAAUUUUUAAAUUUGUUUGUAUCAAAAGUCUAAUUUUAACUUCAUUCCUUUGUUUAAUUUAAUUAAGUGUGAGGUUUUACGUAUUUAUGAGGUUUCACCCUUUUUCUAUAGAGAAGAAUUGAAGGUGUGAAUGUGUGAGCAUGUGUACAUUUUUUGUUCCCGGGGGUUGAUGUGUAAAUAAAAUCUACUAUAUAUUCUUUAAUUAUUACUAUUUU